CUCGACCACUGACUUCCCACUCCAUCUCUUGACCUUGCUUCCGACGUCCAGACCACAAUACCGACAAGAUGGUCUCCGCAAAGAAGCACGUUGCUGUCAUCAAAAAGCACCCGAAGAAGUGGUUCAGACAUCAGUCCGACAGAUUCAAGUGUGUGCCUUCAGCAUGGAGAAAACCAAAGGGUAUCGACAACCGAGUUCGAAGACGGUUUAAGGGCCAGAUGGUCAUGCCAUCGAUUGGUUUUGGCUCAAACAAAAAGACUCGACACAUGAUGCCUUCAGGUCACAAGGCUUUCCUUGUCCAUAAUCCAAAAGACGUCGAAAUUCUCCUCAUGCACAACCGAACAUAUGCCGCCGAAAUCGCAUCCGCUGUUUCCUCAAGAAAGCGAGUCGAGAUCGUCGCAAAGGCGAAGGCGCUGGGUGUCAAGGUCACCAACGGCAAGGCGAAGAUUACCACCGAGUCAUGAGCUGGGGGAUUUUCUGGUGCUUGAUUAUGGCUCUGCUGGAGGCAUAGAGUAUGAUGGAGCACGUCCACCAGGAUGGAUGUUUGCUGGAUUCAGCUUGAACAGGAUGACUGGCUUGUCAUUCUGAAGGGUGAUUGCCAGCUUAUGGGCAUGAUACGGAGCAUUCGGUCGGCUUGAGAGAAAAGAAAGGAGAACAGAAAAUGAUACCAAUUCAGCCAAUCCUGCUUCGGAUCAGGUUCAGGACGCUGCGUCCUUCCCAUCGGGCUUUCGAAUACCGGCUUUUCUGGUGACCAACUUCCAAUGACCUUUCAUAUCAAGUGGUUGUCGGAUGGCUGUCCAACAAAGCGCUUGGUGUUGUGAAGCCAUGACUCCUAGCUUUGCGCUUCGGCUCGUUCGCAUGCAGUGCCUUACCGCGAAGUCUAUGCCACAUUCAGCAAGACGAAGUCCAAGGCCAACAUCGUAGGAUCAUUUGUCGUAGAUUCCGUGGCGUGUAUUAUGUUUUUGCGAAGGCCACUUAAGUUCUAACUUUCGUUU